AUGCCCACCACACGCGCCGAGGCUUCCCAGCGCGACGCCGAGCGUCAGAAUACGGCACCGGCCACCACGCCGACCUCCGACGUCUUGACCACCGCCUGCACCUACGCCGAGGCCGGCCAGCCCAGCGACGCCGGACGCCGACCUGCUCGCUAUCCACCCUUCACGCGUCGACAUCCGGACCUCUGGUUCGUGCAGCUGGAGGCCAUCUUCAUGAACUACCGGAUGCACUCGGACGACGAACGCUACUACGUCGCCUUAGCAGAAUUGGACCAGGAUACGGUCGAGGAGCUCCAGGAUGUGCUAAGGACGCCACCAGCYACCGGUAAAUACGAGCAGCUGAAGAAGCACAUCAUCGCUCGUUUGGGCGACACGGUGGAGAGACGGCUGCAGAAGCUGUUCUCCGGCCUUACUAUGGGCGACCGCUCGCCGUCUCAGCUCCUUCGCCACAUGCGCCACCUCGCUGGCGACAACGUCAGUGACGACGCCAUCAAGGUCCGRUGGUUCGACCUCCUGCCUCCGCAAAUCUCCCAGUUACUGCGGCUCCUGCAGAAUAUGGACCUGGACGAGCUCGCCGCCAGGGCCGACGGCGUCUGCGAGUUCGCGCCGGGUGUCU